CAGGUGCGAGUCCGAUGGCUCUCAAAGCAGUUGUCAAAUGGUGGCUGUUUGGGCAACACGGCUUAACAUAUCCCUGGAAAUUGAAAGACACCUGCAGCAACCGUACCGGCAGAAGAAUGACAUUUAAGUACUAGACUUUUUUCCCUCAAUCGGUACCUGUUUCCGCAGGCAUUUUGGCCUCCGUCCGGGAAUGUGAUCGAAUUGCAAAAUGUUGAGCAACGAUUGACAACAUCACAAGGGGCGCCGCUGACAGUGACGCCGAGGCUUGUGAUAUUACAAGUCUGGUCGAAUGUUUCACGCAAGGAGACCUGUUCGUCACAUAGGAGUGGGUCGCAUGGAAGGAACAACAUGGUCAGGUUACAUGAAUGAUUGGUUUUCUCCUUCAAGGAGCAUCGCACAGGCCAGCUGGGCUUUGGUGCUUCAAAUUGAGUCGAAGGUUUCACUUUCGCGUUCUUAUCAGCACGGCAAGGCUUUACGGUAGACUGCAAGAGCGCCGAGGCCAAAUCUUUAAUAUUCACCGUCUCCUCUUCACAUCCAAUCAACGGGCGAAUCAAGCGUUAAUAUUGUCGGAGACAGUCCUGCUAGCCACCCAGGCUUGCCACCGAUACCCUGCCAGUCUUAGCGAUGCGACGGGACAGUGCUGUUGCAUCACUGCCACGCUAGAGGAAGCCAAGGACAACCGUCCGACUGUAAAAAUUUCCCCUGGUUACUAAUUGGCCUUACGCCGCAACUGGCCGGGUCCUAAGCACCGGAAAAGUGGGAGAAUAUUCGCCGCAGACAUCAUAAUGUCAACCGAACGUCACAAUCUAAUAACGGGGCAUUUUCUCCGGCGACAAAAGUUGCUUACCGAUACUUGAAGAUGUAUUAGUCUCUCCCAUGAGGACUUGUAGACGUGGCGUGUAUCACAAAUUUUGGAGGUAUUGACUUGGACAUCACCGAGAUGACGAGAUGACUGUGAGGUCUUGGUGCCAAAGCGGUAUACUUUUAUGAUCAGCUCAUGACAGACCUAUGAACGCCGAAAUAUUCGCACACCUUCAAAACAAGGAAUUUAUAUCUCUCACGGAAUGUGGUCUCAGCCAAUCUUUGCUCGUGCAACUUCCACAUCUCGGUACCAAGAGGAUCGAGUUUUAAAAAAAUUGAGGAAUUUUUGAAAUGUUACUUCAGUUAUGCUGGAAAUCAUGGAGAAUUCAACGAACAGUUGUGAUUACACCCUCAUCAUAACUGCCUUGGAAGACGUGACACACACUGACACCAGCAAAUUGCUGAUAACGGUUUUCCUGCCCUGCAUUCUAGUCAUGGGGCUGACCGGCAAUCUCAUCUUCCUCUUUGUUCUGUAUCGAGUCCGAUGGAUGCGGAGUGAUAUUACCUUCUACCUGAUGAACCUGGCCAUCGCUGACAUCACAUUUCUUAGUUUUACAGUCGGUGAGAAACUCUGGAUGUACAUGACGUCUUUGUACAUGGAAGAUGUGAGUAGCAUCGGUCCCGUGGCGUGUUUCCUCUUCUACCCCGUCCAGGCUAUGACAUACUUCGCCUCCAUCGCCUUGGUAACUAUCAUUUCGUACGAGCGCCUACAGGCAAUCUGCGAGCCAAUGGGUAAGAUCAUGACUAGGCGGAAGCACCACUCCAAGAGACUCGCGGCCUGCUCCUGGUUCUUGGGAGGCGCGUUCUCUUGCCUGCUGAUACCAGGCAAGAGCGUGGUCAAUACCUACUGCUUCGUAUGGGACAUGACCAAUUCCAGCAAUGCCAGCAUUGAGCCGCCCUACCUGGAUCCCAUGCUGCUUUGUAACCCUCUGUGGUCCUGGUCCGGCGACUUCGCCAACUGUCUGCAGACCGUCCCGUUCUUCAUGGCCAUGGUGGCCAACUCCAUCAUGUACUUCAAAAUCAUCCAGGCUCUGAAGAGCACCAGCACCAACGCCAACACCGCCGACCUACGAGCGCGGACUCUCCGAGACCGAAACAAAGUAACCCGCAUGCUGGUGGCAAACGGGAUCAUCUUCUUCUGCUGUCUUGCUCCCUUCCAAACGGCGUCUCUCCUGAGGGCCUUCUUCUUCCUGGACACUCAGCAUUUCGAGACAGCGAGUACUGUCCUCAUGUAUUUAAACUCAGCCGUUAACCCGAUUGUGUAUAACUGCACCAACUCCCGCUACCGCAUGGCAUUUAGACUUGCUUUUACUAGAGGGCCUGUGAGCUCAAGGACAAGGCGCUUUCGUUCGGUUAUAUCAAUGGAGGAAUAUCACAGGUCCAGCGUAGUCCUCUAAUAAGGCUAAUAAGCAUACUUCAAGAUUUAGAAUUUCACAGCCAUACCUUCAGCAGACAAUCCGUCACGUUUCAACCCACAUUUGAUGUUUCAGAGAGGUACGUUGUUCAUGGCUGUAACAUUAUGUACUUUGAAUGAUUAAAAAUAGUAGACCUACUUUCGCGAUGUUUGGCGAGGGCAAAGGAACUAAUGUGAUUUAAGGAAAAAUAAGAAACUGCUAUGAAAAAAAUAAUUAACGCAAGAGUGAGUUUAAGUAACACGUACCACAUUAUACGGUGUUCGAUUGCUUGCAAGUGAACGUAGUUUUCAUGAAGCUAUGAAAUGCUCACGAGAUCUGACAAGGCAUAUUUCAGAACGGUGGUAACAAAAGUCUACUGUCAGCCACGUAAGAACUUAUUUGGACAAAUUUUGUGCUCCAAUGGUACAAUGUGUCUCCAUUUAUACAAAAUUUUGAAGGUGCUGUGAACGAAUAGGAUCAUGCAUGUAAACUAUAUCUAGUAUAUCCGCCCCCAAUCGGCGAAAGAAAGACAGGUGGUUACAAGCAGGUUCUUGCACGCGUUCUGCGUGUAGGCAAUGACCGUGCAUGCCGCAAACAUGUAUGAUGAGUCCAGUUAUAGCGCAGUUCGGCAAGGAGACCGUUUACUGUGAAGGCACCACAUACGCUCCUGCCAGUGAACAGGUGAUGCGCACACAUUAUGUGUUUUUCCAUAGAGCUAUAUAUAAAACUAGAGUGCUAUCUCUUCCUUCUCCGCGCGGAGAAAAUUUGACGCCGUCCGAGGCACACGUACAGAGAAAUGGCAUAUGCAUGUUUAUUUACAUCCAUUAAUGUGUCCCUAGCAUUCGACCAAGGUCGUCCGCUUACAUGCAUUUCUUUCGAUGGCUGUCUUUCGAUGAAUAAGUUCAGCUCAAUUAAAAAGUCAAUCCCUUAAUUCAGUCAGUGUUGAGUUGACAGCUCUGAAGCAGAAGCUGUCGUACGCAUCAGGUACUGAUAAAAUUUGAUUUAAAAAGUCAGUUUGUUUGUUUUUUGGCGUUGAGCAAAAUAAAACGCUCAUUUACUGAUUAGGCCUUCAGGUUAUUUGUGUAUCAGCUUUGUUGAUGUAUCUUUUCAGAAUACAGACGCAAAUAUGCAAAAAGCCGUACAACAUUUUGAGUUUUCCACAAGUUUGUGCAUAAACAUGGAUGAUCCCAGUAGGUAUCACGUAACAAAUGAGUCAGCACUCUAGUUUUUAUAGCUCUAUGGCUUUUCCUACCAAUAAGAUGCUGCAUUUGCCAAGCACUGUGUCCUCAAUGUGAAAAACGCGCGCGCAGAUUUAAUGUUGUGCCAACGCAGUCCUCGAAUUAGUCCAUACAGAUUGUUUACUUCGUGUAUUCAACUCCAAGACCACCUCAUGUUACUUAUACACCAAGCACCUUUUUCCCUCUGGCUGCUUACGUGUGGUCUCCAACGUCUUGGUAGAAACGUUAGUACUUGCAACUGUACUUAUCCAUCUUUUCGUGUUAUUGUAAAUGUAAUCUCGUUAACAAGUAAUAAAUUGCAGUAGUGCCGUGGUAGUCAACUCAUGGAAAUGUACACGAUUAAACAACGAAUCCACGCAAUUCGAGUAAAAGAAAUACCCGGUAUGUAGUUUAUGUAUUCCUUAAUGUUGUCUUCAAGGCUAUCAACCAGGAAAGGCUGUCCUGUCAUAGCCAUCUCCUCCUCUGCGUGAAAAGGGGGAAAGUGGAAACGAGAGCUACUCAUACAAACAUUCUUCCUUCACAUAAUUAUCAGGUAUGACCACGAAGCAUUCGUGCUGUAGAGUGGACCCUUGUUACGCACGUACCUAUCAGGAAAUAGCUUCAGCCGCUAGCCAACGGCUAUCCUAUAAGCGCCCGCGUUAUUGUCAGCCGCUAGCCAACGGUUACCAUAGGCACGUGCGGUAUUUCCAGCCGCUAGCCAACGGCUACCGUAGACAUGCGCGUUAUUGCCAGCCGUAACCAAGUCAUUCGGACACGGCCUAAAUUCAAAAGAAGGUGAUUUGUAUCUAAGAAGUGUGCAUAUCUUGUUUACGAAAUAGCAGAGCGAGUGAAAACCUGUAGCGCAAGCAUGUUUACUCCGUCAGAGUUAUCAGAACAAGGCAUGCGAAUUUUGUUCAAGUGCUACAGGCAUUCAGGCCAAGUUUUAUCUCUGAGAUCGACUUUUAAAGUGCAAAGAAUGCAAUCGGUAUAUGUACAUAAUCACCGUAGAAUUUGUGUAAAAAUCGUCAUAUGCAAGCACUAUCUAAAUUCCAAUUACAUGUAAACAGCAGAUUAAAAGGCAUCAAUAACUGACAGAAUUGCAUUUUGACCGAGUUCUGUGUCUUUUUCUUUUUGUUCUCCGAACAGAAGAGGCUUUA